UCUCAUGGGUCCCCGUAGACUACGCAUGGGGCGUAUUUAAACCGCGCUCGUUUUGCCGCCGGCGAAAUGAUACAAACGCCGGUGUAACCGUGCAGUAAACGCACGUAUGUGUGUGGUCUCUGAUUGAAACAUCGAGUGGACAUGUAUAGUUGAUACGUGAAUUAUAGCUGCGUUUUAAAUUAAAGCAUUAAGCACCGUUUGUUGCAACGUCAUUCAGGGUCAAACGCAUUUUACAUUUUACAAUAGACAGAUAGCACCGCCAGCGACGCCGCUACAAGACUUCACUUAUCACUGGAAGCAGCUUAUGAACUUCUAUGUGAACCACUUGACGGAUUGCAAGGUGCCCAUACAAACUACAGGUAUACCGCGACACUUGGACAGAUUAUUGGAGAUACUACUCGAAGAGGAGAAAGAGGAAAACGAGCCAGGACCAUGCCUGGAGUACCUGUUGCAACACAAAUUAUUGGACCUGCUGGCUACGUUAGCCAGCGCGGAGACCCCACCCGGAAUGAGGGCAGUAUGUCUGUCCUUUUUACGAAAACUUCUAGGAAGAUCGAAAUAUCCCCUGUUACAUCACACGUCGAUUUACGGCCCGGUGCAACGAUUAGUCGCCCUUUGCAACGGAAACCCACCCUCGCCAAUGGAGGCCGAAGAGGUCCAGUUCCUCCUCACCCUCUGCUUUCUAGUCUGCAAGUAUCCCCACGUGACCAACAUCAUAAACGACGCCCCGAGUAUUCAAAGACAGAACACGUCCGAGAGAAGGAAUUCCGAGAGGGUUGAAGUCGAGAAAGUGACCUACAUACCAACUAGGAGAAGAAACACGUUUAAUCCCUUGUUCGAGCCGCUGGAUACCCAAGCGGUGACCCUGAUAAGCCCGAAUUUGUUCAAUUCGGAGAACGAUAGGACGCGUCGGUCCGUCGAUUUUAACAGUUCGUCCAGCAAGAAUGAGACGACGAGAGGAUCAUCUAGUCAAUCCAACAGAUCUGUAUCUUCCCGAGAGGUGGAGAACGCUUCGCAGUCCUCGAGCCCGGUGAUUCAGAUACCUAUCUGCGAUAAUAAUUCGGGUGUCACGGCGCAGUCCUCUGACUCGCGAGACUACGACAACUCGCAACUGGCCGAAGACGUGACUCUGAUGAAUGAGAUAGACACGCACUUGCGAAAUCUUCAGGAUCUCAGGUUGGACGGUGAGUACGGAGGUGCAUACGAGGAUUCGAGUUGCAUGGACGAAGAUCGGAGUCCGCUGAGGCCGAAGCCGCAGCAACAAUCGAAAUGCCUUCUACUGGAUGCCUUGUUGAGUUACAUAUAUACCGCGGACAAUACUGUGAGGAUAAGAGCCUGCGAGGGGAUAAUGGUUCUCGCGUCGUUGGAAGAUUCGUCGUUCGCACAAAUGAUAGCACACAGCGACUUAGCGAUAUUAAUACCGAAUAGAUUAAAAAGUUUAUUCAACGCCAUUCCAGCGCACGUCGAUCCAGCAGAGAUCGACGGCGUAGACGUUACAUGGGGCUUAGAUUCACCGGCGUGGACGAAGGAGAAAAAGUUCUCCGGGUGCAGACAAGUCGCCGCGUUUUUCAUGUGGUUCGACUACUGCAAUCAACUGAUACGAGAAGCGCAUCCGGACGUGGCGGAAACAUUGGCGAAGAGCAUCAGAGUGAAUUUCUUGGAGAAGAUCGUCACGCCAGCUCUUUCCGAGCAUCACGUGCUUCUUAUUACAGCGUUGGUUACCAAAUGUUUAAAGGAACUAACAUCCCUGGCUUUAUGCACAGAAAUGAGCUACUGGCUGGUCGGACACGACAGAGGACCAGAGAUACCGAAUGUAUGGACAUCGCCGGUGCUGCACAGGCUUAUAGACAAUUGUUUCACCGACAGCGAUGAUUUAACGCUGGAAACCUUGAAAUUAUUCGAGGAAAUGAUAGAGAAACGGAACGAGCAUAUGUUACACUGUCUCGUAUUGGUGUACUUAUCGACGCGAGGCUAUUAUGAUAACACCGCAGCGGAUAGUGCGAUCGCAUCCUGGAGCGAUGAAGAGGACGAAAGAGAGAGGGAGAAGAAGGGAUCGUUAGACCUCUCCUACGAGCAAAAUCAUAGUCGAACAUUGGCACCUAGUAACAUUCAUAGGAUUGUAAACUGUUUUCUGUCCUUGAUCCCGCGGUAUCUACAAACGGACACGGACGUGAACAAUUACGAACGGUACAUGGCUGACUUGGAGAGGCAGUAUUCUACUGUCUUGAUCGACUGCUCGCUGAUGGCCUGGCCGCUCGAGGCUGUUACCGUCGACGACUCCGCGAGUUCUGACUCCAGACCGGAAGCGGAUCACUGUUCCGUGCGAUUUUACAUGGGACCGUUCAUUACGAUGCUCUUCGAGAAGGUGGCGAACAUACCAAGGCAAAAGUACGAGGUGAACCUACAGUUGACCGUCGUGAUCUCGAGGCUGGCGCUUUUACCUCAUCCGUACCUGCACGAAUUUUUACUGAAUCCGUUACUACCGUUGGCACCCGGCACGAAGAACUUGUUCAUCUGCUUGCAAAAAGUCAUUAAGCAGCUGGUACACGAGGUACCAAAGACGCCGGACCACAAGCAAAUGCUAAAGGAGACGCGUGAACGCUUGCUAGAAGGUUGUUCUCACGACGGGGAUAAGGAGAAUAUUCUGUUCGAGAGCGUGAUCGUGACGGAAGAAUUCUGCAAGGAACUGGCUGCGAUAGCGUAUGUCAAGUACCACCACUCCAUGUGAUAACCGAUAUCAAAGAAAAUAAUUAAUAAACUAUAGAAUUCAAUUACUGUACUAUGGUCGAGUAAAUUUACUAAAACCGACCAACAGUCGAGCCUAGGAGCUUUAAAUAGAAAAUUAUUUCUUGUGAUGCGUCGAAUCAGUAAGGAAGACAUUAUUUACGAGAUCUGAAGGGUCUUAAAGUGCGAUUUUUCAAUGUUGAUUUACAACGUUUGUAAUGUUUCUAGUUGUAGUAGUAUAAAAGGUAAUUUUCUCUUAAUUUUCGAUAAAUUGCAGUAUUUGGCUUCCUUCAUCGAGUUCACUAUUAAUAAGCGCUACGAUUCUGUGAUACAUUUCUUAAACUAUUCUUUUUAAUGUACAAGAAACGCUUACGUUCAAUUUAUUUUCUGCACGCGACCUUCAGACUCUGCAACUUUUGUUACAGGUGGAAUAACGUAAGAACUUUGUAAGAUAUACGUGUACCUUAAGUAUAGCAAGUAUUACAUUAAUAUUAAUAUUUACAAUCACUUAUUUGCACAAUUCGCGAUUUGUGACUCUAAUAAAGAAAAUAUUGAAAACUAA